AUGGCUCUCAAGGUUGUCGUCCUCGCCUGCGUGGCUGUCGUCGCUCUGUGCGACAAGGCCCCAGUCUAUCCCCCGCCUCCCCCUGCCUACGCCCCUGCACCUUCCUACCACACACCUGCACCCUACCACGCUCCCGAACCCGCCUACCACGCCCCCGCACCCGCCUACAACGCCCCUGAACCCGCCUACCACGCCCCUGCACCCGCCUACCACGCCCCCGAACCCGCCUACCACGCCCCUGCACACUACGAGCCCGAAUACCCUGAUGUCCCACCCAAAUACAACUACAACUACGGCGUCGCCGACGGCUACUCCGGCGCCAACUUCGGCCACACUGAGUCCCGCGACGGCUACAAGACCGAGGGCAGCUACACCGUCGACCUCCCCGACGGCCGCAAGCAGAUCGUCAACUACGUGGACAACGGCGACGGUCUUGUAGCUGAGGUCACCUACGAGGGCGAGGCUCAGUACCCUGAGUACACCCCCACCUACAAGCCCACCUACAAACCCGCUCCCCCCGCCUACGGCCCCCCUCCCCCCACCUAUGCCUAAGACACCUUAGAGUGUGAAAGAUAUUCAUGAUAUUGUAUUUAUUUUUAAUACAAAAAUAAAGAUAUUUUAUAAUAAA